UUGCUGGGUCAUGUGGUAAUAAAUUCUACAUUAUUUGAGUUAGCACAUACAUUUAGUAUUUAGUGGUGAUUUCAAAAGAGUAGAUCCCUUUAUUGAUGAUUUACAUUCAUUGCCAUUGUAUGAUGUUUCUCAUGAAUACCAUUCUUUAUAGCUAAAGAAACUCCUAUGUAGAAAUAUGAAACAGAACUAAGAAUUUUUUCUUUUUACCUACUCUACAUAAUGUUACUCAUCAUUCUUUAUAUACUUGUGCUGUCAAAUUGGUUAACAGGCUUAUAAAACUAGGGAAAGGAGAACUAAAAUUCCGUCUUAAAAAAUUUAUAAUUAGUGAAAUUUUGUUUUAUUUGAACUUGAAAUUAUUAUCAAAUAGUUCUCUUUAAUAAAUUCAUUCUGGGUUGUAAAUCUUUGUGUGACAUGGAAAUGUUUAGUAAACACCAAAAUUCUGUAUUCCAGAAAAACAAAUUAAGGUAAACUGUAUUAACUAGAAAUUCACCAUUUUAAAAGUCUAGUGAUUUCUUAUAUUGAGAGGCAAACUGAAGUCCAGAGUUAAUGUGGAUUUCUCCAAUUGACAGAGUUAGUUUUAGGUGAAACCUGGUCAUCAGUCCAGAUCUGAUGCCUCUCCACUCUUUUUCCUAAUGCCACAGAGUCUCUUAACAGAUUGUGUUUUUAAAAGGUUCCCCCCCUUGAGUCGGAGAAUUUAAAAAUAUUAGAAGUAGGGGGAAAUUGCUGAGAAAUUUAUGUCAUAUUUAGUUUAUUUAUAAUUCUCUUCUAUUUAAGAACAGUGGUAAUUUUUGCAUUCCCACUGUAGAAGACAGGACUGGAGGUAUUUAGACCCCCUUGAAGAAACUUGUUCAGCAUUAAUUGAUUUCAUAUUAAGAUACGGCUCUGAGAAAGCUAAGAUGCACUAGAUGAGCAAAUUAAUUUGAAGUCUGUGGUGAAAUACUUAAAUUCCACAAUCACAGAUUUUUGUUGUGGGUUUUAUUUGUUUUUUGUUAGAGCUUGAUAUGGCCAGCGAGUCUCUUGUUUAGAAAAUUACAGUUUUAUUAUUUGACUAGAUAGCAGUUGACUGUUCAUGAGAUUUCUGUGAUAGAGGAGGUGGAGGAAGAGCAGUAAUAGGCCCAGGAAAACAUAGAAGAAGAAACACAUAUUUAAUAUUUAUAAAAUGAUUAGUAUAGAAAGCAACUAAACAGGGAACAAGGCCCAGAUGUAAUGCAACUGGAUUUCAGCUUUUGAAAAUUCAUUUAGUAAAUUAUGGGCCAAUAUAAACUUGAUACAUUUCAAGAAAACAGAACGAAUCUUUUAAGAUUCUAGUGGUCCUUGUGAGAAUAAAUAAGGGAAGGAGGCUGAAAGCAUGGUUUCAAGAUACUUUGUGAGUGACUAGAUGAAACAGGAGAAGAAAAGCUUCUUAGGGAUACUGAAAGGAGUCAGUGAUGAACUGAAUAUAGUAACAAUAGUAAGAGUAACUAACAGUAGUUAACAUUUACUUAGCAGUUGCUGUAAGCCAGGGACUGGCCUUGAAUGCUUUUACAGUUAUUUCAUUUAAUAAUCUUCACUAACAGAUCCUUUUUUGUGUUUGGAAGAAUCAUCCACAGAACUGUUUCAAAUAGGGGAACUUUAUGGUAUGCAAAUUUUCUCACUAAAGCUAUUUUUAAAGAUAAUGGCAUCAGCCGCUAAGGAAUUUAAAAUGGACAACUUUUCACCUAAAGCUGGCACUAGCAAAUUGCAACAGACAGUACCAGCUGAUGCAUCUCCUGAUUCUAAGUGUCCUAUAUGCUUGGAUAGAUUUGAUAAUGUGUCUUACUUAGAUCGCUGUUUACAUAAGUUCUGUUUUCGCUGUGUACAGGAGUGGUCAAAAAACAAAGCCGAAUGCCCACUAUGUAAGCAGCCCUUUGAUUCUAUUUUUCAUUCUGUGAGGGCAGAAGAUGACUUCAAGGAAUAUGUCCUAAGACCAUCAUACAAUGGCUCUUUUGCUACUCCUGAUGUCCGACGAUUCCGCUAUCGCACAACUAUGACAAGGGAACGAAGUGCUUCUGUUUAUUCACCUAGUAGUACCGUGAAUAGAAGAACAACAACUCCACCAGACAGUGGAGUACUAUUUGAAGGGUUAAGCAUUUCAGCAAGACCUAGAGAUGGUGAAAUUCCUCCAUUUAUGAGACAGAUUUCAAUAAGAAGGCCAGCUACUUCAGAUGAGAGAUCUUUGCGGAAAAUUCAAGAACAGGAUAUCAUUAAUUUUAGGCGAACUCUCUAUCGUGCUGGUGCUCGAGUUAGAAAUAUUGAAGAUGGUGGUCGCUACAGGGACAUUUCAGCUGAAUUUUUCCGUAGAAAUCCAGCUUGCCUUCACAGAUUAGUCCCCUGGUUAAAACGUGAACUCACAGUUCUCUUUGGAGCUCAUGGAUCUUUAGUGAAUAUCGUCCAGCACAUCAUCAUGAGUAAUGUUACUCGCUAUGACUUGGAGAGUCAGGCAUUUGUGUCUGAUUUGAGGCCGUUUUUGCUUAAUCGGACUGAGCAUUUUAUACAUGAAUUUAUCAGUUUUGCUCGCUCUCCAUUUAACAUGGCAGCCUUUGAUCAGCAUGCUAAUUACGAUUGCCCUGCUCCUUCAUAUGAAGAAGGUAGCCAUUCUGAUUCUUCAGUCAUAACAAUAUCUCCAGAUGAAGCUGAGACCCAAGAGCUGGAUGUUAAUGUAGCCACUGUUAGUCAAGCACCAUGGGAUGAUGAAACUCCAGGACCUUCUUACUCAAGCUCAGAGCAGGUGCAUGCUGCCAUGUCUUCCCUUUUAAAUACUUCAGACAGUUCAGAUGAAGAACUUGUAACAGGAAGAGCUACAUCUCAGAUACAAGGAGUACAGACCAAUGAGGACCUAAAUAAUGACAGUGAUUCUUCUUCAGAUAACUGUGUCAUUGUUGGAUUUGUUAAACCUUUAGCUGAGAGGACCCCAGAACUUGUUGAACUGUCCUCUGAUUCUGAGGUGGAGUUAGGUUCGUAUGAGAAAAUGGAGACCAUGAAGACACAAGAACAAGAGCAGUCUUACAGUUCUGGUGAUAGUGAUGUUAGUAGAUGUUCGUCUCCACGCUCUGUCAUUGGAAAGGAUGAACAAAUAAAUAAAGGACAUUGUGAUUCUGGUACAAAAAUCAGCUCAAAGAAGGAAGAGCAACGAUCUAUAUCAUUGUCCUCUCUCAGAGACCUGAGCUCAUCCCUCAGAGGAGACAGAGUAUAUUCCCCAUAUACCCGCAGACACAGAAAGAGGGGAAGAUCGAGGAGUUCAGAUUCACAUUCCCAGAGUAGGAGUGGGCAUGAUCAGAAGAAUCGUAGAAAGCAUCAUGGGAAGAAAAGAAUGAAAGGCAAGCGAUCCAGAAGCAGGGAGAGUAGUAGACUUAGAGGUAGAAGAGACAAGAAGAGAUCAAGAACCAGAGAUAGCAGUUGGUCACGAAGAAGCCAAACUCUGUCUCUAAGUAGUGAAAGUUCUAGCAGAUCAAGAUCUCGUAGCAGUGAUCGUGGUAAAAGAAGAUCACGGAGUAGAAAUCGAGAUCGUUACUAUUUGAGAAAUAAUUAUGGCAGCAGAUAUAAGUGGGAGUAUACUUACUAUAGUAGAAACAAGGACAGGGAUGGCUACGAGUCAUCUUACAGGAGGAGGACUCUGUCCAGAGCUCACUAUUCCAGACAAUCGUCAAGUCCAGAACUUAGAAUUCAGUCCUUUUCUGAGAGAACAAAUGCUCGGAAGAAAAAUAAUCACAGUGAAAGGAAAUACUACUACUAUGAAAGGCAUAGAUCAAGGAGCCUGUCUAGUAGUAGAUCAAAGACUGCAUCUACAGGGCCUGACCGGGUGAGAAAUGAAAAGCCUGGUGGGAAACGAAAGUACAAAACGCGGCAUUUGGAGGGUACUAGUGAUGUUGCUCAACCAUCGCAUGAAUUUGCUUCUAAAGUGAAGGAAGGUCACUAUUCAAAAUCUUCAUCAAAAUUGGAUGGAAGCUACAAAAAUGAGAGUGACAGCUUUUCAGAUAGCCGGUCAUCAGAAAGAGAGACAAAGCACAAGAGGAGAAAGAGGAGGACCCGCAGCCUGAGCGUAGAGAUAGUUUAUGAAGGGAAAGCUACCGAUACAACCAGACACCAUAAAAAGAAAAAGAAGAAACAUAAGAGGAAGCACAAGAAACACCAUGGCGAUAAUGCUUCACGUUCCCCAGUUGUGAUUACCAUUGACAGUGACAGUGAUAAAGACUCUGAAGUAAAGGAGAAUAUAGAACGUGACCCUAGGGGUCCUCAAGACCCCCUCCAAAGUGAAUUUUUGGCUCCGUUUGAAUCUAAAGAUGUAGUUACAAUAGAAGAUGAAUUUGGUGUCCUGAGCAAGGAGUGUGAUAUUACCAUACUUAAUAGCAACUUGAAUAAUGCCAAUAAAACUGUGGAUAAUAUAUCACCCCAGGCAGCUUCAAUUGAACAAACUCUUGAUGUAAGAGGAGAGAGCACCUUUGCCUCUGAUUUAGAGAACCAACCCAGUAAUGUCUCUUUUCAGACUGAGCCAUCAAGGACAUCAUCGUUAAUGUCAGUGUCUCUUGGUAGAGACCAUGAUGUGUCUUAAAACUGCCAAAGCAUCUCUUUGAGAAUUCUGAUGGUAUAAAGAGAAGAAAAGAACAGUGUCAUCUACUGCAGUCUGUUUAAAGAUGACACUUGGUGAAAACUGUUUUCCCCCUUAAAGAUAUUUUGUGAGUUUUUUUGUUUUUUUUGGUGUUAAAAAAAAAAUUUGUAAAAAUUAUUUGUUUAAAAAGAUGUAUGUUCCACCUUGAGAGAGAUGCACUUUUAAGUGAAGAAAAUGAUAUUGCUAGCAGUUUAUUUAAAACUUGGGAUCCUUUUUAAAUAAUAAAAAUUUUAGAAGUUAUUUCGUAAAGCCAUAUGGUAUUGACAUAUUUUUAAAGUAGCCAAUGAGUAUUUUUGAAUUUCUUUUUGAGAGUUAUUCUGGAAAUGUGUUAUAAGCUAGAAGAAUCCCUUUGGACAGUCUUUAUUUUUCUUCUGAAAAAUUUGUAUGAUUCAAAACCAUUUCUUCAGGUUAAAUUGAGGCAUUUUAAUCUGCACAGCUUAUCUUGACAUCUGCCAAAAGAAAAAUUUAAAUAUUUCCUUUAUAUACUUGUUUAUCUGGACUGCCAGUAAAGCAAAUGUGUAUUCAACAAAAGAAAAAAAUAAAACAGUAACACUUUAAAACAAUCCAUAAA